AUGUCAUUUUUUGAUUCCUUACGCCAAAAGGCACCCUUCUUGGACAAGUUAGCAGACAGUUUCACUCCGACAUUGACCAGAGAUGAGAAAUUCAGAUUGAAGUAUAAACUUCCAGCCAGUGAAAACAUUUUGGAAGAUACAAAUGCAGAAGUUUCAUUUGCAACUUCCAUCAAAGAUGGAAAAGGGCAUUUUAAUAGGGUGAACAGUAAAGGGAGAAAAACUGCUUAUGUAUAUUCUGGGCGAUUGUUUUUAACACCUCACUUUCUGGUAUUUCGGGACGCAUUCGAUCAUUCCUCGUGCAUACUAAUAAUGAAUAUCUCCACUAUUAAACGUGUAGAAAGAUCGCCAUCCGAAUCGUAUGAGUUUGCUCUUUUAGUGACUUUAUACACAGGAGCGAAGGUUCUAAUUCAAUUUAUCGGUAUACGUUAUAGGUCGGAGCAAUUCUGUGACAAAUUGAAACUAAAUCUGAGGGAAAAUAUCCCUAAUGCCAAAAACUUACCUGCUUUUCUAGAAACUUCAUAUUCGGAAUUUUUAAUAGCUAAAAAUAUUCUAGGUAAAAAGGAUAUAACUGUACCCAGGGCAGGUCUUGGUCAGCAUUUUAAAUAUCCGGGAAAUCCUACUAUGGCCAAGGAAAAAGCUAAGUUGAGAUUGUGGUUUGAUUACUUUAGAGAGAAUGGAAGGAAUUUGGCUGUCGUACAAACUCCUAUGUUCCGAAAGCUAGUUCGAAUUGGUGUUCCAAAUCGAAUGAGAGGUGAAAUUUGGGAACUAUGUUCGGGUGCAAUGUAUAUACGUUACGCAUAUUCCGGGGAAUAUGAAAGGAUACUAAACGAUAAUGCUGCUAAAACAUCACAAGCUAUCGAUGAAAUCGAGAAGGAUUUAAAGAGGUCACUGCCCGAAUAUUCAGCGUAUCAAACUGAAGAAGGUAUUCAAAGGUUGAGAAAUGUUUUAACAGCCUAUUCCUGGAAGAAUCCUGAUGUCGGAUAUUGUCAGGCCAUGAAUAUAGUUGUCGCAGGAUUUUUAAUCUUCAUGUCUGAAGAACAGGCUUUUUGGUGCUUAUGUAACCUAUGUGACAUCUACGUUCCAGGUUAUUACUCGAAGACAAUGUACGGUACAUUGUUAGACCAAAGAGUGUUUGAGUCCUUUGUAGAGGACCGAAUGCCAGUUCUCUGGGAAUACAUUUUACAGCAUGAUAUUCAACUAUCUGUGGUGUCCUUGCCAUGGUUUUUGUCCUUGUUUUUCACUUCAAUGCCUUUAGAAUACGCUGUUAGAAUAAUGGAUAUCUUUUUCAUGAACGGAUCCAUUACAUUAUUUCAAGUGGCAUUGGCAGUUCUGAAAAUAAAUGCGGAUGAUAUCUUACAAGCGGAUGAUGAUGGAAUGUUUAUUGCCAUCAUUAAGCACUAUUUCCAAACUCUGGGACAAAGUGCCCACCCAGAUUCAAGUGACAUAAAAUAUAGGCAAAUCACGAAAUUUCAAGAACUGUUAGUUACGGCAUUCAAAGAGUUUAGUGUCAUCACUGAAGAAAUGGUAAUGCAUGCGAGACACAAAUAUGAGAAGGGUAUCUUUCAAAAUAUUGAGACUUUCAUGAAAAGAACGCAGUUGCGCCAUAUGCCAAAAACUUUUAACCUGUCCAGUGAUAACUUGUCCAACAUCUAUGACAUGUUUUACCAAAGUAUAGAAACCUACAAAAUUAGCAUGGGAACCGGAUCAUCUAAUAUGGGCUUUGAAAUAUUCAUUCAGUUUUUGAGUAAGUUUUGUGAUUCGUGCAGACCGUGUGAAAAAGACAGAGACCCAGCUUUCCGUAAACAAAAAAGGGAUUUUUUACAAAGGUUAUUUGACAACUGGGAUUCUGCCCAUAUUGGUGAGUUGACGUUGAACGAUGUGGUAACCGGCUUGGAUAAACUGUUAACCGUUGAUCUUUUACAAGCUAUAAACUAUUUCUUCUCUUUAUAUGAUACAGAUGACGAUGGUGAAUUACAUAGAGAGGAAGUGCUACAACUAUCAGAAGGGCUAUUACUGCUAACGGAACCUUGGAAGAGUGGUAGAUACGUGGAUCUGUUAACUAAAAAGCGGAUUGAAGACGAUAUUGCUGAGAGCAUCAUUAAGGAAAGCGGUGAAGAGAUAGUUACGAUGAACCAAAUCGAGUUACCAACAGGAGUUACCAUUGAUGAGGAAAAAUAUAAAGCCGAGCAAGCAGAAAGAUAUCUAAAAGCUGCAAGUAACUUUCUACAAAGAUCCUUUGAAUAUGCUAAGGCAGUUGAUCUCGCGGAAGAGGUAAACCUGAUUGACCUGUCUGAUGAUGAAAGCGAAGAAAAGAGAACAUUAAAACAAAAACAGCUGGAAAGCAUAAAGGCGAAUGCAGCCUUAGAUCCUACCCAUCCAAAAGUAAUAGACCUGCCAACAUUUAGGAUGAUCAUCCUCGCGGACGAAACUUACGAGCUUUUCUUUUCUAAUACCUUACGAUCAUCUGUUCACGUCGACGAACAUAUCAACAUUGAUAACAAAAACAAAGUUCUUAGAAGUAUGUUUGACGGUAUAUUGGCAGACGGAAAAAGGGUUGCUGAGCAAGUCCGUCGUCGUGUUGAUUCGGUGGCAACUAGAAACAGCAUCACUUCCGCAGAAAGCACACCAACAGCCGCAGCAAGUUCGAUAACUACCAAAGAAGAAAAGUACGAUGAUCUGGAUGAUUUUACGUCAGAGCACCAGCCCGAGAAUGAAGAACUAUUACAAAGUUCUUGGUUUGAGAUCGACGAUGCUAACGAAACUAGCACCAAAGCCAUACAAGAAAGGUCUUUUGAGCCUUUAUCGGCUAACUCAUCAGAAGAGAAGUCCAACCUUAUUGAAUUUGAAGCAUGA